AUGAACCAGCAGGAGAUUGCGAUGCCUCCCCCGCGCAAAUGGACCCGAACGGAAGAAUUGGCGGUGCUGCACCUCUAUCGAGGUAAGGUGCUACCGGAGAGCCGGGAGGCACUGGCUCUGGCGGAAGCCCUGGAACGCACACCCCGAUCCAUCGCGGCGCGAAUGUUGGGAUUGGCCUCGCUGGACCCGGCCAAUCCGAAAACGCCGGCAGCUAAAGCCACCGCACUCACUCGGUCCUUAUGGGCGGAAUAUAUGUCAGACCGCACCGCCAUCGCUUCCGAGGGCCAGCGCGCCUACCUUGGCAUCCUGAAUCGCUAUUCGAUGGGCCGACCGUAA